AUGGGUCGUCGAAAAAUUGAGAUUGCAAUGGUGAAGGACACCAACACGAGGCAAGUCACAUUCUCAAAGCGUCGAACAGGUCUAUUCAAGAAAGCAAAUGAGUUAUCCAUUUUGUGUGGGGCUGAGGUUGCUAUUGUUGUAUUCUCUCCUGGGAAUAAGCCUUACUCAUUUGGGCACCCAGGUGUUGAUGCUGUUGCGAACAAUUUUUUUCAACAAGAGCCCAAAUCAGGUGAUGUGAUCCAAGGCAACCCCUCUUCCGAAGGUGUUAACUUGGGCAAGCUAAACAAAGAAUAUGCUGAUGUGAUGGACUUGGUGCGUGAGGAUGAGAAUAAGGGUGAGGUCCAAAAGGCCUUAGAUAAAUACCAACUGACCCAACUCUCUGAGCUUCAAGAAUUUUCUAGUUCACUAAAAGAGUUCAAGUAUCAUGUAAACAAGCGUCUUAGUGAAUUUGAAGCAUUGGAAUCUAUGCUACUCCUUGCACAAGAGCCUGUGGAGGGGAUAGAAAAUCUUGUUGCCAAAAAGAAAAGAAGAAAAAAUUGA